UGAGCACAAUCGGCACACUUGCGAAAGGGCCAAGAAGCACCGCCGCGAGGGAUUUUGGAUCGAGGAGACAAGCUGUAUCACCCUCCAGCAACGAUUCGAGCCUGGCGCUCAACACCAUGACGGAAUUUUUUUUGCGGCCGGCCGUGUUGGUGCCGGCCGUGGCCGUGGCUGCCUACCUGAUCCACCAGCUCUUUUUUGCCGGGCCAAAGCUCCCAAAGCUUCCCGUCGUGGGUGCCAGAGAUGGAGACUGGUUCCCCUUCUACCAGGCUAUGUGGAGGAAUACCUUCAACUUCAAGGCGGCCGUGAAGCAGGCAGACGAGCAGUUCCGAGACCAGGCCGUGCUCAUGCCGCUGAUCGGUAACUCCAACAUGGUCCUGCUGCCGCGGUCCCAGAUUCAGUUCGUCACCGACCAGCCCGACUCGGUCCUCGACAUGCACGCCGCGGCCAUCGAGUCGCUCCAGAUAGACUACACCUGCACCGACCCCUAUCUCGUGCAUAACCCGGUGCACCACAAGCUCAUCACCACGACCCUGACCAAUCAGAUUGGCAACCUCGUUCCCGACGUGGCCGAGGAGACAGCCUGGGCGUUCGAGCAGCGGUGGGGGAGCCCCGACGAGUACCAGGAGGUGUGUGUCUACGACACGCUGCGCAAGAUUGUCGGCUGCGUCACGAACCGCGUCUUCCUGGGCAAGCCAAAGCAUGGGCUACGCCCAAGACGUGCCCCUGACUUCUACAGCACUGCGCAUGGUGUGGAAACCCGUGCGGCCACUCGCCCUCGGCCCCGAGCCCAACGACUUCCUCCAGUGGACCAUCAAGCAGGCCAAGGAGAUAGGCGACCCCAGGAGUACAUCGACGAGCUUCGGGCCGAGAUCGAGGGUGUGCUGGCCGAGCACGGUGGCGAGUGGAAUAAGCGAGCGCUGGCCAAAAUGCAGAAGCUCGACAGCGUCAUGCGCGAGUCGGCGCGCCUCAACUCGUUCGUCACCGUCGGUCUGAACCGCGCCGUGGCCGCGAAGGACGGCCUCGUGACGCCCGACGGCAUCCGCAUCCCGCGCGGCGCCACCGUCAGCGUGCCCAGUUACCCGAUCUUCCACGACAGCGCCGUAUACCCGGACGCCGACGAGUUCAAGCCCUUCCGCUUCGCCGAGCAGCGCAGCGACGCCAGCAUCGAGUAUGUCCAGCGCGCUGCCAAGGCAUUUGCCACGACAAGCACCGAUUUCCUGGCCUUUGGUCACGGCCGGAAUGCCUGCCCCGGCCGCUUCUUUGCCGCCAACGAGCUCAAGCUCAUGCUGGCCCAUCUUGUGCUCAAUUACGAUGUUGAGCUUGGUGGGGAGAGACCACGCAACACUUGGUUUGGCUUGAAUCGGGUGCCACCUCUCCAGGCUACGAUACGCAUCAAGAGGAGGGAGAGGGCUUGA